GCAAAGCAGAGUACCAGAUCGUACAGACCAAAGGUCGUUUUUAAACACUGCUAAAAUGUCUGCUGGAGAAAAGGUUUUCGUGGAAAAGUGCCUAAAUUCGUACAAGCAACUGUUUGUACCAGAUUUAUUAAGAGAUAAGGUUGUAUUCGUUACUGGUGGUGGUUCUGGAAUAUGUUUCACUAUUACAGAAGUCUUUCUGCGACAUGGAUGUAAGGGAGUUAUUGUUGGUAGAAAUUUAGAUAGAUUGAAGAAAUCGACUGAAACAUUAACCAAGGCUACUGGCCAAAGAUGUCUUAGUUAUCAAGUGGAUGUGAAGAAGCCACAAGAUAUAUUAAAUGCAAUCGAUGAAACGUUAAAGGAAUUUGGUCGAAUAGAUUAUUUGAUUAAUGGUGCUGCUGGUAACUUUUUGUGUCCUUUGGAAAGCAUGUCUUACAAUGCAUUUAAAACAGUUAUGGAAAUUGAUACUAUGGGAACGCUCAACACCAGUAAAGCUGUAUUUGACAGGUAUUUUAAGAAUAAUGGCGGAGUUAUCAUAAAUAUUACAGCAACUUUGCAUUUUCGAGGCCAGGCAUUGCAAGCACAUGCUGGAUCUGCUAAAGCGGCUAUUGAGGCUUUAACAAGACACAUGGCUGUAGAAUGGGGUGGUAACAAUGUAAGAGUUAUGUGUGUUGCACCAGGUCCUAUUGGUAAUACAGAGGGAAUGAGGAGAUUAUCACCCGGAGAUCCGAUGGCACGAGAUCUAGCCAGAUAUAUACCUAUUGGAAGAAUUGGUGAAAGGGUUGAAAUUGGUAAUAUAUGUCUAUAUUUAGUAAGUGGUAUGGCUGACUUACUAACAGGAACUACUAUAGUAGCUGAUGGUGGUGCUUGGCUUAUUGGUUCAAACGAUUUUACCGCUAGUAAGCGAAUGUAUGAUUUAGCAGUUAAAGCCAGAGCAAAGCUUUGAAGUUAAAUACUUUGUGGACGUUAGGCCAAUAUGGAAUUGGAAUGAAUGCUUACUAAUAAUGAUUGUUUCCAGCAAUAAAUCAUUCUGACUUUAAAUCAUUUGAAUCACUAUUGUUUAAUAAAUUUAAUUCCAAUAAGUAUAAAACAAUACAAUGAAUAAGAAAUGUCCAGAGUGACAAGUCUGAUUGUACUAAAAUGAUAUAUUUCCUAAUAAAUUUGUUUGUUAAUUACAUUGUUGCAUAACUAACUAUCUAUGUUUUUUUGACAAAAAUUGACCGAAAUUUUACUUAGAUCGAUAUAUGAUAAUUACAACGACGAGCGAUUUAUAAAAAUAUAACGAUAUACAUGUGUACAGGGUUCGGAAUUUACCAAAAUGUUCAAAGGAGAGGAAGUUUCACAAAGCAGAAUGUUUAAAUGGUAAUCCUCAGGUACCUUAUACAGCAUGCGAUAGUGAUUCAUAUUUCUAAAGCUAUUGUUCAUCGCAGAUAUCAUUGUUUUUGUGGAUGUUGAACUCGAGCUAGUCCAAAUAAAAGAGUAUUGCCGGCUUCCCGCUCUUUACGCUGUAAGAAGGUCUCCAAUUCAGCUUUAGAAUAAGUAUCUGAAUAGUCAAAUUCAUCACCAACACUAGGAUGAGGAUUACUGCACAAUGAUUUUUCCAAAUUUCCUGCCAAAUUUGCGAUCUGAUUUUGAAUGUCCAUUUUCCAAUUCUGAAACAUUUCUCGCUUUUCUAUACUCCAUUCAUGAGGCAAAGUCCAUUCUUCUGGUAGAGGUUUAUUUUGAUUUUGUGAAGUGAAAACAGGAAUAUCGCCAUUGCUACUUCCAGUAGAACCAGCUCCAGCACUGGCUGCUCUAGUUGCCAUGUUGAUCGUCGACUACUGCAACAGUUCCACCAGUUUUUUCUUAGAAGCUACAAUGUAUAUGUGACGUGCAGCACCUCGAACUCUGAAGUGUGUUAGAUCUAGUCAGCAAGAGGAUUAAGAAAUUAAG